ACGUACGGUAUGGUACGGUACACGCGUGCAGGACAAUGUUGUUGCUCCGAUGUUUUCAUCACAUGUUGUGGGACAGUGCAAGUAGGCAUCAGCAAUGUCGUCGCCGGUGUCGUCGUGGAUUGGAAGUAAUCCAGAGCACAUCGUCAAUAUGUUAAAAUACCGCAUAUCUCCGGCUAUAUAUCUCCCACAUAUUGAACGUGGAGGUACUCUUCUGGAGUUACUGGACAUACUAGGCAAAGAUUCCAACAGUGAAGAGAGCGUGGCAGAAUCUGAGAGGGACGAAGAAGAACUAGUGCCAGUGAAAAUUGAGCAAGAAGAAGAGAAGGAAUCAGAAAGUGGUGACAGUAAUGACAAUGAUGUUGACAACGUACUAGUGCCAGUGAAAAUUGAGUAUGAAGAAGACGAACUUCAAGAAGAAGAAGAGAAGGAACCAGAGAAUGGUGACAGUGAUGACAGUGAUGACAAUGAUAUUGACAACGUACUAGUGCCAGUGAAAAUUGAGCAUGACAAAGAUACAGAGAAGUUGCAUCCUGUGGAAACUAUAGAGACAAAUAAAUCUGUAAAUGAAGGAGUAAAUGAAGAAUGGGAUCCAACAAAUGACAUUGAUUUUUAUGUACAGCUGUUUACUUCUGAAGGCGGUUUAAAAGAAGCGGAUGUGACACAAAGUGGUAUACAAAUAUCAGCUUCCAGCAUCAGGGAAAAGGGUAAAUUAUGUGUUGAGUAUCGAAACAAGAAGGGAGAAGUAAAUGAAAAAGAACAAGAAGAAGAAAACAAUGAUGAAGAAGAAGAAGAGGAAGAAGAAAAUGACAACGAAGGAGAAGAGGAGGUGGAAGAAGAAGGAGAAGAACUUCAAGAAGAAGAUGACAAUGAUGUUCACAACUUAGUACUAGUGCCAGUGAAUAUUGAGCAUGAACAAAAUGAAAAGCACAAAUCUAAGGAUGAGAAGUUGCAUCCUGUGGAUACUGUGGAGAAAAGGAAAUUUUUAGAUGAAAGAGAAACAGAAGAAUUGGAUCCAAAAAAUGACAUUGAUGCUCCUGUAGAGCUGUUUACUUCUGAUGGCGGUUCAAAAGAAGCAGAUGUAAAACAAAGUGGUAGACAAAAAGCAGCUUCCAGCGUCAGGAAUAAGGGGAAACGGUUCCGAAUUACAAGGGUCUGUGAAAUAUGUUCUGCAUCUACUGAUGACAUGUCAAAGCAUCUUGAAAGGACACACAAACUGUCGAAGGAGGAAAGGCAGAAAUAUCUAUUGGCUGCACGGGGCAGAAUCCCAAUUAGAAGAAGAGCGAUGAUUGAGAAUCCCAGUACCGGUAGAAAGCAAAGCAAAAGAGCAGACUGUCCAUUGUGCCAGGGAAAAAAUUAUACUUCAUUACAAAACCACUUCGAAACCAAACAUGGACUUGAGGCCAAUGAAGCAAAGGAAAUCCGUAAGAGAAUGAAACAAGGUGUAGAACUGGUUGAAGCUGAUCAGCUAGGAACAGAUGCAGCAGAUUCUGAGAGGGAAGAAUCUGAGAUGGAAGAAGAUAUGAAGGAACAUCAGGAAAGCUUAGAAGAUGCAGGAAUGAACAAGAAGCAGAGACAGACAGAAGAGGAGAGUAAUGAUGAGGAUAACGAAGAUGAUGAAGGUGAUGACAAGGAUGAAGACUGGGUGCCUCCGAGAGAUUGGAAAAACACAAGGCAACAGGAAUGUGAUCGACCAAAUGUAGAAAAGGAAAACAAGAAGGAAGAAGAACAUGAAAAAAAAGAAGAAGAGGAAGAUGACAACAAAGGAGAAGAGGAGGAGGAAGAAGAAGGAGAAGAACCUCAAGAAGAAGAGAAGGAACCAGAUAGUGUUAUCAGUAAUGACAAUGAUGUUCACAACUUAGUACUAGGGCCAGUGAAUAUUGAGCAUGAAAAAAAUACAGAGAAUGAAAAGCACAAAUCUAAGGAUGAGAAGUUGCAUCCUGUAGAAACUGUGGAAACAAGUAAAUCUUUAGACGAAGGAGAAACACAAGAAUUGGAUCCAAAAAAUGGCAUUGAUGCUCCUGUAGAGCUGUUUACUUCUGAUGGCGGUUCAAAAGAAGCGGAUGUGAAACAAAGUGGUAGACAAAAAUCAGCUUCCAGCAUCAGGAAAAAGGGGAAACGGUUCCGAAUUACAAGGCACUGUGAAAUAUGUUCUGCAUCUACUGAUGACAUGUCAAAGCAUCUUGAAAGGACACACAAACUGUCAAAGGAGGAAAGGCAGAAAUAUAUAUUGGCUGCACGUGGCAGAGUCCCCAUUAGAAGAAGAGCAAUGAUUGAGAAUCCAAGUUCCGGUAGAAAGCAAAGCAAGAGAGAAAACUGUCCGUUGUGUGAAGGAAAACAUUAUACUUCAUUACAAAACCACCUUGAAACCAAACAUGGACUUGAGGCCAAUGAAGCAAAGGAAAUCCGUAAGAGAAUGAAACAAGGCUUUGUAAAACAGGGCCCAGGUGUAGAACUGGAUGAAGCUCAUCAGCUAGGAACAGAUGCAGCAGAUUUUGAGACCAAUGACCUGCUCAGCAGGUACCGCUCAUUUAUUAAUCUUGCCUCUGACACUACCUAUGGGGAAUCUUCAUCUACUCAACAUUGUAGGCAGUUAAAGAAAAUGUGCGAGAUGGCAUUUUCAAAGCUGCUCAAAGGAGGCCUGACCCCCAGAAUAAAUGAUGAUGUGGUUCCCUCUGGAGAAUGCAGCAAGCAGAAGGAAAGAGAGGCAUCAAAUUCUCAGAUGGAUGCAGUUAAGGAUGAUGUGGUUCCCUCUGGAGAAUGCAGCAAGCAGAACGAAAGAGAGCAAUCAAAUUCUCAGGUGGAUGCAAUUAAGGAUGUUCCGGGAGAAGGUGCAUGCAGUAGCGUAGAAGAGAGACCUACAAAGAGGAAGCGAAAACUCCUGGAUAGCGAGGAGGAGGACAUUUUAAGAACAGAAGUACAACAAGCGGUCAACAAGCCAAGAAGGAAAGGCUUGCGUUUCAGAGAAAUAAUUGCCGAAGCAUACAGCAACAGCCAACUCAAAAACGUGGUAGUGGUUCAACAGUACUACGAUAAAGCAAGAUACAUGGGUCUUUUGAAGUGAAGCACCGUUAUCUACAGAAGGAGUACAAACAACUUUGCUAGGUCCAUCCAAUCCCAUCUGAGUCUGAGUCCUGAUUGGAACCCUUAAAGGCAUUGUUUAACAAUGUUGAAUCUGAGAUGCACGGUCCUACAUGUUUUUAGUGUCUGUGAUAUUGUGUAAUAUUGAAGCCCUAACAA